UCGUAGUAGGGGCAGAGUAAUAAAUACAAGACGCGCGAUGGUCACCGUCAGUGCAGAUAGUCACCACCGCUUCAAAAUGAGGGUGCUCACUGCUACGAUUUGGGUGGUGCUGGCCAUCGCGGCAUCGGUAGCCGUACCGAUCCAGGACGUGUCAAGCGACACCGAGUUAACAAGGGAAAAACGUUCUCCUGGAGGAUGGCACUCGCCACCGCCGGAAGGUGUUUGGAAGAAGAAACUCGUCUGGAAGGAAGAGUGGAAGCAGAUCUGGAAAACCGAAAAAAAACUCGCCUGGAAAUCUGAGUGGAAGAAAGAAAAAGAACCCGCCUGGAAAACUGAACAGGUACAACAGUGGAAAGAAGAACAGGUGCCAGCCUGGAAGGUAGUACAGAAACCUAUUUGGAAAGAAGUGCAAGUACCGGUGUGGAAAGAAGUUCAAGUGCCUGAUUGGAAGAAAGUCUGGAAACCGGUAUGGAAAGAAAUACAAGUUCCGGUAACGAAAGACAUUCAGGUGCCAGAAUGGAAACAGAACUUUAUACCUGCUUGGGUCAAAGAGGGCGUGCCCGGUGAGAAAUAUCUAGGGAAAGAUGAUCACGGCUGGGAAUAUACCAGUCACGAUCUAUGGAGAAAAAAAAUGAUCUGGAAACCGGUAUGGAAGAAAGUUUGGAAGACCGUGCAGAAGCAAGAGUGGGUCACCGAGAAGAAAUUGGAAUGGAAAGAAGAAUGGAAACAAAUCUGGAAAACUGAAAAGAAACAGGCUUGGGUAACCGAGAAAAAACAGGAAUGGGUAGACGAGAAGGUGCAAAUUUGGAAAACCGUUAAGAAAGAAGUCUGGGUGCCGGUACAGAAGAAAAUAUGGGUUGAGAAAUGGAAGCAAAUUCAAGUACCGAUCUGGAAGACCAUAGAAGUGCCCGCAUGGAAAAAGGUAUGGAAGCCGGUUUGGGAGAAGGUUUGGGUACCGAUUCAUCAUGAGCACCACGAACAUCACGGAUGGGAUUGAGUUAGCAGGAUCCACAUUGCUUGUAUAUAUAGUUAAUACAUCAUAGUCAUAUGUUUAAUACAGGAUAUUCUGGAGAGUGGUUAUUUAGGUAAGUUUAGAUGGAUUUUCUUUUGGGCGUACGCGAAGGUGAAUAUUUUUCUGGCCAUUAGCGAGUGUACAUAAUUUUCUAUUGCUGUAGCGAAAUAUGUUUGGCUUUUCGUACGCCUUAGAAGUGAUCUAUCAAACCGUUUUAGUUCUUUCCGGCUCAAUUUUUUCAUCCUCAAAUCAUUAUCGAUAACUGUUAUAGUUAACGUGUAUGAUUUGAUGAUUUGACCAAUAGUGUGUUCAAAAUUCUUUGGAGAAAAAUAUAGUUUUCUGGGUAACAUUUUUGUUUUAGAAAAUGUCACUGAAAUUGACAAUCGACAGUUUUUUUUUUGGAGUCAGACAGAGGCUAUUCUGGUUUUCGUUAUAGUCACAAAGCAGAGUCAUAAGGUCUAAUGUGCGAUUUUGUUGCAAGAAAAAACUAACUUUAUUUAUUGAAAUAAAGUCUAAUUUUACCAACUAAUCUUCAUUCGAUCUUGUGGCUAGGACAAAUAUUAAUAAGAUUUUUUUGUUUCGUUGUGUUGUUAUCUAUUUAAGAUUAUUUACUGACAAAAUGUUCGAUACAAGCAUUCGUUAUUCUCAGAAACAAUUUUUUUUUAAAAAGAAAGGUUAAAAUCAAUAUACUCACUUCUAUCAAACUUCUAAAAAAAAAUUUUUUUUACACAAUUAAAUUUCCUAUUCCAAAAAAACCAUAGUUCUUAUUAAAUAGGCCCUGUAAUGUUAACGUUUUCAAAACACAAUUAAACAAAUAUACUCGUCCUGUGAAAACUUAAUUGACAGAGUCAUCGUAGUGAGCUUAAUUCGUCGCCUCCAAACUUCACCGUGCUUUUGGAGGUUUAGGGCAAAAUAUGUUCUCCUUCAAGCAUCUUUAGGGUACGCAAAGAAAGCUUGCUUCAAAUACAAAGUCUGCAGGUUGGCCGAUUUAAGCGCUGCCUUAUUCAUUCGUCGCGUAUGUAAAAUAGCAGCUUCAAAGCUCUUUAUAUGCUAAAAAUUCAAAACAUUUGUCAGUAGAAAAUCGAACAAUAGAAGAAUCGAGUUACCAAAAAAAGAGUCAAAAGUAACAUUCUUGUUUCACUGUUGUGGUUGUUAAUUUAUGAUGAGGCUCAAGUCGUGUUCGACGCGACCAAAGUGCCGGGUUCGAUGCCCAGGCGGUGCAAGAGUACAACUAUUAUAGAUUUUUUGUUAUAAUAUUUUUUUUAUUUUUAGUUAUUAGCAAUAUACGAAGUUAAUACUA